ACUGGCAAAGCUGCCAACAUUACAAGCACGAAUGAACUGUCACCGAGCUAACAUGCCUUCCCCGAAGAAUCUUUCUUUUCGCUAAAGUGCGUUCGCGAAGACGUGUUGAGGUUUUACCUUCAGUCUGUUAAAAAAGGUGCACCAAAAUGUCGACCGCAACGAUCCGUACCCGCCGGUUCAUGACCAACCGUCUGCUGAGCCGCAAACAGAUGAUCUGCGACGUCCUGCAUCCCGGUCUGGCUUCGGUCCCCAAAAAGGAAAUCCGUGACAAGCUGGCCGCCAUGUACAAAACCACCCCCGAUGUGGUGUUCGUGUUCGGAUUCCGGACCAACUUUGGCGGUGGCAAGUCGACCGGCUUCGCGCUGAUCUACGACACGCUGGACUUUGCCAAGAAGUUCGAACCCAAGCACCGGUUGGGCCGCCACGGACUGUUCGAGAAGAAGAAGAUGACCCGCAAGCAGCGCAAGGAACGCAAGAACCGUAUGAAGAAGGUGCGCGGCACCAAGAAGGCCAAGGUCGGACAGGCCGUGAAGAAGUAAGCGGGUUGCUGGGAGCUGUGCUUUAUUGGGGCCCUUGUUCCGUGUUUUCACUCCGGUGGGAACUUAUAAUUCCAUCGAUUUAAAUGGAAAUAUAACUUUAUGGUUUAAUAAUAAGUACCUAA